CUUCACAGUUAACUUUCACACGUCCGAAAGCAACGUCCGCAGGCUAGCAUCGAGCAUCGUCCGUUCAUCCUCUUCGCUGCUCGAAGUCCAGGAGCCGCAACUCAGUCGGCUCGUCCUCUUCGUCAGUCGGUCACACUCACGACUCAAGCUGGUCAGACGUCGGCGCACGACGCCUCUAUUCGCUAGCCGCUAGGUCUCUGCUCGACUGCUCCGUGCCUCUUCAGAUUUGAGGUAAUAUCAAGACUUACUCUCCAGAGAGGUCACUAACUGUGUGUAAAUGAAGCCCAACAGUAGUAAAGCUCUUCUAGACAUAGAGAGGAAAGCUUCAUCUUUGGAGUCCAAACUUGUUUUUCGCAAUGGAUAUGAAAACUUCAGGUCUCAAAGAGCCAAACCCAGCUCUCCUAAAAAGACAUCCACCAUUCCCCCCAUUCAUCAAAGCGAAUUUCUAGGUAAAGUAAAAGAUUUCUUGGGGGUAAUAUCGGCAGCAAACAAAAAGCUGGAGGUUGAUGCGAAAAACAACCCAGAGAACUAUGAUAUAGAAACAUUAACUGGGGAGGAAUCUCAGUUUAUUGAGAUGGAUUUGAUGCUUGGUGUGGCAGAGCUACAGAGUAAGGAAGCCAUAGCUGCUGCUGAGUCGGCCAUAGCUGGUAAUCAACCUGUGAUGAUUCCUCUUGCGUCCACUAGUAGUGAUGAUGAUGACGAUGAUGAUGAAAGUGAUGAUGAAGAGGAUUGUGAAGAUGAACAACAUUUUCCAGAUAAUAGGAAGACUGGAAAGCCUGCUGAGAAAGAUUCUGCAAGUGAGUCUUCAAGAAGUAAGAAGCAUUCAAGAAAGAGAACCAAAAUUGUUGAGCUCUCUUAAGAUACCUAGCCGGUUUGAGGCUCUGAGAUACAAGAUGGUGAUGGAGAUUGGAGUCCUCUUUUGGGGCAAUGCAUCUAUUCUUAUGUCAAUCUGAGGAUUCUGAGCUGUCUUUAUGCAUUUCAUGGUUUGAUAAUUGAUUUUGCUACAUUUUUGUUUGUUUUUGUUUUGUUUUUUAGAUUGUAUUACCAAGAUGUGAUUAGAUGUGCUCUUUUGUUGUUCUGUGUUGGUGCAAAAACUGGUCAACAUUUUGAGCGGGUCUGAUCAGUCUAAAUUUUGGCUGUAAUAUGGAGUGUUUGAAACAUUUUGUGUGGGUCUCUCUGGCUCAACUGCUUGCCAGCCAGCCAGUUCAGAUUCAUAUUGUACUCCUAUUAUUCUUUCAAAUAAUUUUAUACUAGUAUAAUUCACCUCACCC